GGGGCAGCAUUUUCAGUCAGGAAUUUAAAAUAUGGUGAAGCUACAGUUGCCCAAUCCUGGCCUGGAGGACAGGAUACCUUCCCAUACAGAACUUGAGGUCCUUGAGAAAGAAGAGGCAGACUCCAGACCAAAAUGGGAUAACAAGGCUCAGUAUAUGCUGACGUGCGUAGGGUUUUGCGUGGGCUUAGGAAAUGUGUGGCGGUUUCCGUAUCUCUGUCAGAGCCAUGGAGGAGGAGCCUUCAUGAUCCCUUUCCUGAUUUUGCUAGUCCUGGAGGGUAUCCCCCUGCUUCAUCUUGAGUUUGCCAUUGGUCAAAGGCUGAGGAAAGGCAGUGUGGGAGUCUGGAGCUCUAUCCACCCUGCCCUGAAAGGGGUUGGCAUAGCGGCAAUGUUUGUGUCCUUCCUGGUGGGUUUGUAUUACAAUACCAUUAUUGCCUGGGUAAUGUGGUAUUUCUUCAACUCCUUCCAAGAGCCCCUGCCUUGGAGUAGCUGUCCUCUCAAUGACAACAGAACAGAUUACAUAGAAGAGUGUGCCAAGAGCUCUCCUGUCGAUUAUUUCUGGUACAGAGAAACAUUAAACAUCUCCACUUCCAUUGAUGAUUCAGGCACUUUACAGUGGUGGCUUUUGUUAUGUUUAACAUGCGCAUGGGGUGUACUGUACGUGUGCACAAUCAGAGGCAUUGAAACAACAGGAAAGGCCGUGUAUGUAACAUCAACUCUUCCAUACCUUGUGCUUACCAUUUUUCUAAUCCGUGGCUUGACACUGAAAGGAUCAACUAAUGGAAUUGUGUAUCUCUUCACCCCUAAUGUUACCGAGCUGGCUAACCCAGUGACGUGGCUGGAUGCGGGUGCUCAGGUGUUUUACUCUUUCUCCCUGGCCUUUGGAGGCCUCAUUUCAUUCUCCAGUUACAAUUCUGUUCACAAUAACUGUGAGAAAGAUGCCCUGAUUAUCUCAGUGAUCAAUGGUUUCACAUCCAUCUAUGCAGCAACUGUCAUAUACUCCAUCAUUGGAUUCAGAGCCACAGAAAGAUACGAUGACUGUUUUGACAAAAAUAUUCUUACUCUGAUGAAUGCAUUUGAUUUGCCAGAAGGAAAUGUAACCCAAGAUAACUUUGAACAAAUGCAGCAGCUAUGUAACAUGACUAAUCCGACGCUUUUUGCAAAACUGAAGUUUGAAUCCUGUAAUCUGGAAAGUUUCCUGAAUGAUGGAGUUGAAGGAACUGGCCUAGCCUUUAUUGUCUUCACUGAAGCUAUCACCAAAAUGCCUGUCUCACCUUUGUGGUCCAUCCUCUUCUUCAUCAUGCUCUUCUGCUUGGGUUUGUCAUCUAUGUUUGGAAAUAUGGAAGGUGUGCUUGUACCUUUACAAGAUCUUAAGAUUAUACCCCCCAAAGUGCCUAAGGAACUUGUUACUGGUCUCAUUUGUAUGGGGUCUUACUUGAUAGCUUUUAUUUUUGUGCUGAAGUCUGGUAAUUACUGGCUGGCUCUAUUUGACAGUUUCGCUGGCUCUAUUCCCUUGCUAAUAAUUGCAUUUUUUGAGAUGUUUUCAGUCGUCUACAUUUAUGGAAUAGACAGGUUUAACAGGGAUAUUGAGUUCAUGAUUGGACACAAACCCAAUAUUUUCUGGCAGGUUACCUGGAGAGUUAUCAGUCCUCUCAUUAUGUUAGUUAUCUUCUUCUUUUAUUUUGUGGUGAAAGUCAACGAAGAACUGCUCUACAGCGUUUGGGACCCUAGCUAUGAGGAGUUCCCCAAAACACAGAAGGUUGAAUAUCCCAACUGGGUGUAUGCUAUUAUUGUAAUCCUCGCUGGAAUUCCUAGUUUGACCAUCCCUGUCUUUGCCAUCUACAAAGCCAUCAGAAAUUGCUGUCAGAAAAAAAAUGAUCAUAUGGGCCUUAUGACCUCCACAUCUGAGAAUUCUGUUAAUGGAAACUUAAAGUAUUCAGCAUAAAACCAUUUAAAAAAUGUGGAAGAAUGC